ACCACAUCCAAGCCCUAUAACAUCCCUACUCAUAUUUGUACCUCCAGACACUACUCCGUUCUCCCUAUCCUCAUCCUUCUUCGCGUCCAACUUGUACACUAGCACAAAGCCCUUGUUUACAGUCUCUAUCGCCAGCAUGGGAGGCGAAACUACGGCUCGUGUUGAGUCGUCAUACCCCAAGUUAUCAAAGGGCCCCGUCGGUCAGCAGAUCCAAAGCAUCUACACAGACCGUCUGCGUCAGUUCACCUCGACUGGCCAAUAUGAAAAGCAAAACCUCCUUUCAAAGCUCUAUCACAACAUCGAGGACGACUCCAAAUACGUCAAACUCUCCGUCUAUUCUCCCCCCGACCUGUCACGCCCGACCUUCAAAGAUGCCACUUCCCAUACCUUCAGACCAACCCACCGUGGAGAGUCUUUCGGCCCAUCAUGGUCGACCCAUUGGUUCAAGAUCCAAUUGACCAUCCCUGAACGGAUGCUCGAUGGCGAACACCUCGAGUUCCACUGGGACGCUAAUAACGAGGGAAUGGUGUGGACUGAGGAUGGAAACCCUUUACAAGGCCUCACAGGUGGCGGCGAUCGCACCGAAUGGAUCUUGCCCCAAGAAUGGAGAGACGGCAAGGAACACAUCUUCUAUAUUGAAAUGGCUUGUAAUGGCAUGUUUGGAAAUGCCCCUGGUGGAGACAGCAUACAGCCGCCCAACCCAAACAAAUAUUACCAGCUAUGGAAAGCUCAGAUUGUUGACGUCAAUCUUGUCGCCCGUCAGCUGUAUGUCGACUUUUGGAUCAUUGGCGAUGCUGCAAGAGAGUUUCCCGGAGAUAGCUGGGAAAAGCACGAGGCCUUGCAGGUUGCAAACCGCAUUAUCGAUGCCUUUAUCGCUGGCAAUGGCUCCAACGAUUCCAUCCAUGAGGGUCGCAAAAUCGCAGAGUCCUACAUCGGGAAAAACGUCGAUUCCUCCAAAGUCUAUGACUCGGACCAGAAUAUUCUUGUCUACGGCAUUGGACAUUGCCAUAUUGACACCUGCUGGCUUUGGCCAUGGGCUGAGACCAAACGCAAAGUCGCCCGCAGUUGGUCCAAUCAAUGCGAUCUGAUGGAUCGCUAUCCGGAGCACCGGUUCGCCGUUAGUCAGGCCCAACAGUACAAGUGGCUCAAAGAAAAUUAUCCCUAUGUUUUCGACAGGGUCAAGACCAAGGUCAAGGAAGGCCGAUUCCAUCCCAUUGGCGGCAGUUGGGUCGAACACGAUACCAAUAUGCCCAGCGGAGAGUCAUUGGUUCGCCAAUUUCUGUACGGACAGCGUUUCUACGAGAGCAACUUUGGUGAUCGCUGCCAGACCUUCUGGCUCCCUGAUACCUUUGGAUACUCUGGUCAACUGCCUCAGAUUUGCCGUCUUGCCGGCAUGACCAGAUUCUUCACCCAAAAGCUGAGCUGGAACAAUAUCAACAACUUCCCCCACACAACCUUCAACUGGGUCAGUCUCGAUGGUAGCCAGGUCAUCUGUCACAUGGCUCCCAGUGAGACCUAUACGGCUAAUGCACACUUUGGUGAUGUGCGCAGAAGUGUUACUCAGCACAAGAGCUUGAAUCAAGACAACACUUCUCUCUUGGUUUUUGGCAAGGGGGAUGGUGGCGGUGGUCCGACCCGCGAGAUGCUUGAGAAACUGCGAAGAUGCCGAGGGCUGAGCGACACGACUGGGUUACUGCCGCGCGUGCACAUGGGAAAAUCCGUCGAUGACUUCUUUGCCGGACUAGAGAAGAAGAUCGAGAAUGGCACCAAAUUGACCACGUGGUAUGGAGAGCUGUACUUUGAACUCCACCGAGGAACAUACACCACCCAGGCCAACAACAAACGAAACAACCGACACCAAGAAGUCAUGCUUCACGAUAUUGAAUACCUAGCCACCCUGGCCAGCUUGAAGAGUAAGAGCUACAGCUACCCCAAGAAAGAGAUUGAUGAGAUUUGGGAAAAUGUCUUGCUAUGCCAAUUCCAUGACUGUCUCCCGGGAAGCUCGAUCGAGAUGUGUUAUGAUGACUCAAAUGCGCUCUACGCACACAACGCUCAAAUCGGAGAUAAGAUCAAAGAGGAGGCAUUGACAGUCUUGGGGCUCUCGCAGCAUGUCAAGGCCAAUGCUGAGCUUGCCGCGAUCAAUACUGCUCCAUGGCCUCGUUCAGAAUUGGUCAAGAUUCCCCAGGCUCAAUCCACGUCGCAACAACAGUCGUAUACCUUUGUUUCUGGCGGACCUGGCGUCAUUAAGAGCCACGCUGCCUCUGCCAUCCAGUCAACCGCAUCCGUGACCGAAACCAAGAAAGGUGUAUUUGCACUCAAGAACAGCCGAUUCGAAGUCCAGGUCGAGGCCGGCGUUAUCACGUCGUUGUAUGACUUGAAGGCUCAGCGACAAGUUCUCGCCAAGGGCGGCAAGGCCAACCAGUUUGUGAUUUUCGAUGACAAGCCCCUGUAUUGGCAAGCGUGGGAUGUCGAAGUGUUCCACCUCGAAUCGAGAAAGGAACUGGGCUCUGGUACCACCGAGAUUGUCGAAACCGGCCCUUACCGUGUCAGCGUGGCGACGAAAACCCAGGUCAGCGAUGACAGCUGGAUUAGGACCGUGAUCAGCCUGGACGCAACGGACAGUACAGGCGAGGCUGGUUACGUCAUGGUUGAAGCCGAGGUCGAGUGGCAUGAAACCAUGAAAUUCUUAAAGGUUGAAUUUGAAGUGGAUGUGUCGAAUACGGAAGCGAGUUACGAAAGCCAGUACGGCAUCAUCCGCCGACCGACACAUUACAAUACUACCUGGGACAUGGCCAAAUUCGAGGUCUGCUGUCACAAGUUUGCUGACCUGUCCGAGGCCGACUACGGAGUGUCGAUUUUGAACGAAUCCAAGUAUGGCUUCGCUACGAUUGGCAACUUGCAACGGCUGUCGUUGCUACGUGCUCCCAAAGCGCCGGAUGCACAUGCGGACAUGGGCCGACAUCACAUCAAAUGGGCGAUCCUCCCCCAUCAGGGACCUCUCGGCGCGGAGACUGUCCGAGCGGCGUACAACUUCAAUCACCCAUUGGAAUUGGUGUCGGUGGUGGACAACUCACCAGCCAAGGAAGUUUUCAACUCGAUUAAACUGAGUGGGGGAAGUUCCCUAAUUCUGGACACCAUCAAACGGGGAGAAGACGACGAAGAUGUUUCACGCGGAGAAUUCAGCCCUCGAGCCGGGCAAAGUGUGAUUCUACGAAUCUACGAAAGUCUGGGAGGAAAGGCCCGUGGCAGCAUUGAGACUACUCUACCUGUGAAAAAGGUGUACAGAACAAACGUACUGGAGGACGACGAAGAGGAAUUGACAAUCACUGGCAAGAGCAAGUCGACGAUUGCGAUUGAGUUGCGGGCGUUCGAAGUGGCAACGUUCCGUCUGCAACUCUAGGUUGAAAAUAGGGGGAAGAAGAGUAUGGUGGAAUGUCAUAAUGACCAAGGAGCCCUGGAGGAAGUGCAUGUUUGUACGAGCAGAGGAAAAGCAGGUUGCAGUAGCACGAGACUGGCGUCAGGUUAGUUGAGGGACAUGCAUUAGCACAUACCAGGUCAUGAUCACAUUCAUGGCAUUGGCAUCUAUCUCUCCGGGAUUCUGGAUGGUUGACCAGUGAGUAGGAGGACUUUAGGCAUCGAAAUCGAGUACGUAUCCAACAAGGCGAUGGACAUGUUCUCUUCCAGCACUAUUCUGUAGACUGGAGGUACUCUGUACUGUCCAAUGGUCCAAGUUUCAUAAUACUUAUGAAUAUCGUAU